AUGGGUGCAACAACGAACAAUCUGGUUUCAAAGAAUACACGAGCUCUGAUCCUAGUUGGCGGCUAUGGAACACGUCUUAGACCAUUAACAUUGAGCAGACCAAAGCCAUUGGUGGAGUUCAGCAAUAAACCGAUUUUGAUGCAUCAAAUCGAAGCACUUGUUGAAGCCGGUGUGCGAGAGGUCAUUUUGGCGGUUUCAUACCGAGCCGAACAAAUGGAGCAGCAAUUGAAAGAAGAAAGUCAGAAGCUUGGUGUUGAAUUGAUUUUCUCACAUGAAACGGAGCCACUUGGAACGGCCGGCCCAUUGGCACUGGCACGAGAUCUACUCACUUCUAGCGAUGAACCAUUUUUCGUUCUUAAUUCGGAUGUGAUUUGUGAUUUUCCAUUUCGUGAGCUUGAAGCAUUCCAUCGGAAUCACGGACAGGAGGGUACAAUUGUUGUGACCAAAGUCGAAGAACCAUCGAAAUACGGUGUCGUUUUGUAUGAUGAAGCUGGUUGUAUUCGUGAUUUUGUUGAAAAACCACAGGAAUUUAUUAGCAAUAAAAUCAAUGCCGGAAUGUACAUUUUGAAUCCGUCAGUAUUGAGUAGAAUUGAAAUCAAACCGACCUCAAUUGAGAAAGAGGUGUUCCCAGUGAUGGCAAAGGAGCAGCAAUUGUACGCGUUUGAGUUGUCAGGCUUUUGGAUGGAUAUUGGUCAACCAAAGGAUUUUCUAACUGGAAUGUGUUUGUAUUUGAACUCAUUACGCCAAAAGAAUUCAUCAUUGCUGUAUCAAAGUCCUGCCGAAAAGAGAACGAUCGUAGGAAAUGUUCUGGUGCAUCCAACGGCGACAAUUGGAGCAAAUUGCCAAAUCGGACCAAAUGUAACAGUCGGACCAAAUUGCGUAAUUGAAGAUGGCGCCUGUAUCAAGCGUUCCACAAUACUGGAGGGUGCAAUAAUCAAAAGCCAUGCCUGGCUUGACAGCUGUAUAGUUGGUUGGCGAUCGACGGUCGGUCGAUGGGUUCGCAUGGAAGGUACAACCGUGCUCGGAGAGGAUGUCAUCGUCAAAGACGAAAUCUACAUAAAUGGUGGCCAAGUUUUACCCCAUAAAAGCAUACAGUCCAGUGUUCCAGAACCGCAAAUUAUUAUGUAAUAAUUCGUAAUUCUAGGCUAUAAAUGAAAGCAUACACGAUUUACACGCAUCUACAAAGAAAACAAUAAUCAAUUCUUCGAUACAAUUGUCAACAAAGAAAUUCCUACAUUUUUUCUAUUUAUAUUUUUAUUUUACACUAGUAAGAGUAGCUGUCGAUUGAAUAGCCAGUAAUUUGAACCAGUCUUGUCAAAGAAAUAGAAAAUAAAUAAGUUCUUUACUCUUUUGCUCGAGAAAA